AUGCUGGAGAACCAUGUACAAGUGGCUGUCCCUCAGAAUAUGCCUCCUCGAACCUUUAAACCGUAUUCGAAGGCGGCACCUCGGAAUUCUCCAAUCGUCUCCGACGGGACUAGUCGAGUGGAGCUGGAUAUUUUGUGGGCAUCCGUGCAGAUGAAGGGGUUUGGAGCUAGAGGCGAAUUUAGAACAGGGUCAGAAUUCUAAGGUGCAAAGAUUGGUCGUGAAUCACUGCUGUAAUCAUACAAGCAUACCUGGGAGUUCAUGGGACAAUAUCUCAUUGUGUUGUUACUUUUGGGGGGUUUUCGUUCUGCUGUGGUAGAUUUUAGUCGACACUUUUUUUCCUAAUUACAAUCGUCUUUCUUUGAAUC